GCAAUUUGUACUAUACCCCAGUCUACCUUGAUUUCCUUUCUACUCCUACCUCACUACACCCAACAUGCUCGGCAAAAUUGCCCUCGAAGAAGCCUUCGCGCUUCCCCGCUUCGAAGAGAAGACGCGCUGGUGGGCCAGUCUCUUCUCCACCGACCCCGAAACCCACGUCAAGGAGAUCACCGACAUCAACAAGCUGCGCAUCGAACAUGCCGACAAAUACGGCGUGGGAUACCAAAUCCUCUCCUACACAGCCCCCGGUGUCCAAGACAUCUGGGAUCCCGUCGAAGCCCAAGCCCUAGCCGUGGAAAUCAACGACUACAUCGCAGAGCAGAUCCGCGAUAAGCCCGAUCGCUUUGGCGCAUUUGCGACCCUCUCCAUGCACAACCCCCAAGAAGCCGCCUCCGAACUCCGCCGCUGCGUGCAAACCUACGGCUUCAAAGGCGCCCUCGUCAACGACACCCAACGCGCCGGCCCCGACGGCGACGACAUGAUCUUCUACGACAACGCCUCCUGGGACAUCUUCUGGCAAACAUGCACGGAACUCGACGUGCCUCUUUACCUACACCCGCGCAACCCCACCGGCACGAUCUACGAGAAGCUCUGGGCAGAUCGGAAAUGGCUCGUGGGUCCGCCGCUCAGCUUCGCGCAGGGCGUCAGUCUGCAUGUGUUGGGGAUGGUGACGAACGGCGUGUUUGAUCGGCACCCUAACCUACAGCUCAUAAUGGGCCAUCUGGGUGAACAUGUUCCGUUUGAUAUGUGGCGUAUUAACCACUGGUUCGAGGAUCGCAAGAAGUUGUUGGGAUUAGCGGAGACGUGUAAGAAGACCAUCCGGGAGUAUUUUGCUCAGAAUAUCUGGAUUACGACGUCGGGGCACUUUUCCACCACUACGUUGAAUUUCUGUAUGGCGGAGGUCGGGGUCGAUCGGAUUCUGUUCUCCAUUGAUUAUCCGUUUGAGACGUUUGAGGAUGCGUGUGUUUGGUUUGAUGGCGCCGAGUUGAAUCUUGUGGAUAAGGUUAAGAUUGGGAGGGAUAAUGCGGCGAGGUUGUUUAAGUUGGGAGCGUUUAGGGAUUGUGAUGCGAAGAUCAAGAAUUAGUCAUGAGUUUAGUAUGUAACGAAAUGAGAUGAUAUUUCUGUUU